AUGGCGACCGUUUGACAUGCGUACAGCAGUAUGAUGUAUGUGUAGCAGGGAAACAUGGAUAAUCGAGAUAAAUAUGAAAUUAUGAUGGACCUGCUAUAUUCAAUUUAAUGACAUGAAUUACGGGAAACGGUUAAAGCAAGUGCUUCCAAGCCGAAGCGAAAGACCUACCAGUUGGUAGACACUGCUAGCAAAGUUCUGCCUAUAUGUUGUUACAAGGUGAAGUGAAUACUCCUUAGGAGAUGACUUUGAUGAUGAUGGAAAAAGCUGUAAAAGCUUUUUCUCGGACGAUAGUAAAGGAAUGUCUGGCAGUAAAGAUACAACAGACAGAGUGAGUCGGAACUUAAGUGAGAAAAAGCGUAGGGACCAGUUCAACAUGCUGGUCAAUGAACUUUGCUCAAUGGUGUCCACCUCUAGUAAAAAGAUGGAUAAGUCCACUGUUCUCAAGUCAACCAUAGCUUACCUCAAAACAUACCAAGAAACGGCUGUUCAAGCUCAGGCUCACGAAAUUAAAGAGGACUGGAAGCCAUCCUUCCUGUCAAAUGAUGAGUUCAUGCAUCUCAUGCUAGAGGCAUUGGACAGUUGUUUGCUGGUUUUCACUCAACAAGGCAAUAUACUCUAUGUAUCAGAGAGCAUGACAUCACUAUUGGGCCAUCUACCAGCAGACCUUACUAAUCAGUCUGUGUACAACUAUAUACAUGAGAAUGAAAAGCAAAACCUUUACAACAUCCUAUUUCACUACAGCAUGCUCUCUCCAGAGGAACAUGCUAAAGAGAAGGAUCAUUUGAGUUUUACCUGUCACUUCAAAAGAGGUUCCAUUUCUGCCCUCAGUAGUCUUCAGUAUGAAGUGGUCAGUCUGUCGGGUUUCCAACACUGGAGCAGGGACAAGUUGAGCAGUGUGGAGGAGGAAUGUGCCCAGUAUGGACAGAUGAUUCCUAAAGAGAACAGCUGUUUUUGUUGUACAGUCAGGUUACAAAGCUCUCAGUUUAUCCGGGAAAUGUCAAUGGUUGAUGAAUCAAAAACCGAAUUCAUGUCACGGCACAGCUUGGAGUGGAAGUUUUUAUUUCUGGAUCACAGGGCCUCUCCCAUCAUUGGUUACCUCCCUUUUGAGGUGUUAGGAACCUCGGGUUAUGAUUACUAUCACCCUGAUGACCUGGAACAGAUAGCCAGUUCACAUGAGCAAUUGAUGCAGACAGGAGAGGGAACUUCAUCUUACUAUCGCUUCUUGACAAAGGGCCAGCAGUGGAUCUGGAUAAAAACGAGAUACUACAUCACAUAUCACCAGUGGAAUUCCAAGCCAGAAUUUAUUGUCUGCAACAAUGCUGUUGUCAGCUAUGCUGAUGUCAGAGAGCAGGUACACAAAGAUUUGGGCAUUGAUUUAAAGUCAGACAACUCCAAUUCCUCCUUACAAUUUCAACGCAGUCCUUCUGUGUGUUCUGUUACCUCAGGAGGAAGAUCACGAUCCAACUGGUCCUCAUCACACUCCAUUGAUUCUGCCAGCACCGAUCAACUCGUUAGCGGAAACCAAAUGGCAGAUAAGGAGAGUGUUGAGGAAAUACCUUCCCACAUAACAAAGGAUCUCCCCUCCACCAUGUCCCCACACAAACACCUCCAGCUCCUCCUCCAGCAGCGAUAUCUAAAUCAGGCUACUGCCAGUGACCCUAAACAGCUCCAGAGACAGGUGGAGACAGCCACCAGUACCCAGAAUCUAUUGAGUGUUAGUGAAGGACAGGCAGUGAUGUCAUUCAGAGGUGGAGCAGACAGUGUGUCCUCAACAUCACAGAUUCCCGUGAUGCAGAGUGGCCUGCAAUAUCCUAUUCUUGUUGAUGAACAGAAAUCUCCGAGCCAGAAUUCACAGCUAUUCCUAACCCCCAUACAGAAACAGCUCCAUGAACAGCUGAGAGAAAAAUCAAAAAAAUUACAGCAGGCCAUUUUACAACAACAGGAGGAACUCCAGCAAAUCACCAGACAACUGGCAAUGACACAGCAAGGGAUUCUCCCGCUCCCUGAUGUUCCCAACCCAGGAACACCUGUGCUUAUGACUCUACCAGCAGGAGCCACUGUGAUAAACACUGCCCCUGUAAACACAACAGGAUUCCCGAUGCAGACAUCAGUAACACCAGCCCUGCCCAAGGAGCAGCAGCAGUACAUUCCUUUCCAACUGAUGUCUCAUGACUCGGAGACUGUCUUCUCUUACACCUCAGACUGACAUCUCAUUCAUUUUUACCUGACAUACCAAGUGUAUUAUUUGUUAAGACUCCUCAAACUGGAGACAGUGCCAUUGUAUUCCUACUUGUUUUAUUAGUGUAUUAAGCCUGUAUAGACAAUUUACUGCAGAACUUGGGUGGUAGAAAUUGUAUCAAUUAUAGUUCACAUUAGCUGAAAGCAAAAGUGAGUUUUCUGAUUGAAAUUUGUCCAUUGUCUGUCUGUCUUUUCACUUUUCACAUUUUCAGGUUUUUUUUUCAAGAAACAACUUUAACUAAACUUGUUAUGUAAAAGAAAUUCAAAAUUUUUGAAGGACCAAUCCCCAUUCCAAAGGGAGAAACUUAACAAAUAGUAAAACUAAGAUGGGAUGCUUAAAGAAUCUUCUCAAGAAGAACUGGACCAGAAAUUCUGAAACCUGCAAGGAAGCUUCCUUUUAUGAUGAAGAUGCAAAUUUGUUCACACCACAACCUAUAUACUAAGUGUUUUCACAAUUCAGUUAUGAAGCCAUUGCAUGUAUGUACUUCAAGCAGAAUUCGUAUUUUUUAGCUGUCUGCCCCUUUUAUGACUUGAUUUGUGCACCGAAUGUGCCUUUUCAGGGUUAGCACCUUGCCCUUACUAAAUCCAACUAGGAACACUGCUCAAUAACCACAAGUCUACAAAUUGUCAUAUUUGCAAUUAGAAUCAUGUACAAGUUUGUACAAUGGCAGGAGCCACAAAUGGAACUUUUUAAGUUCUAAAAGGAUGCAUGGAUAUAGAGAUUUUGUUUGAAAAUCUCGAGAGAACCACAUGGGCACUGCUGUUUGUCAAAUUCAUCAGCAAACAUCUUGAUGUAGAUACAUGUUUAUUUGCACCAUGAUCCCCAAAACAAGCUACAAUAAGGAUGUAAAGAUAAAUGAGCAAGGUGACUCAGGUUUUGUGUUGUGCCCCUUAACAUUGACUUCUGAUAAAAAAAAAUUAAUUUUAUUGUUGAACUCACACUCUUAAACUGUUCCUUGCAAAUAGCAAGAUUUUACUUGAGGAACAUCAGAAAGAAACUCUUUUGCCAAGCUUCCUUUUGCCCCCUUUCACUCUCUCCUUUUAACACUGAUGUGGGGAUAGCAUUUCAGCAAAUACUGACUUAAUGGUUGCCAGACAAAUUAAUGUUUUUACCUUACAGGUAUUGAUGAUAAGAAUUACAUGCAGAGUUUUUAACUCACCUGAGCCAAAGGGGAGAUAAUCACAAAAAUGCUAAAUUAUUUUAGAAUCUUCUUCUCAAGAACCACUGAGCAAGAAAAGCUGAAAUUUACAUUAAAGCUUCCUGUCAAAGUGAAGAUUCAAGUUCGUAAAAAGCAUGACCCUUGAGGUUAGGAAGGGGCCACAACAGGGGAUUAAAGUUUACAUGCAAAUGUAUAGGGAACUGAACUUGGCACCUAAGCAUCCUUAGAUGAAAUUUGUUAAUAUGAAAAGCCAUGAUAAUUGAUGAAUUUGUAGUCAAAUUUAACAGUUAAGUUUCAUAAUUAAUGAAUUUUUAGUCGUUAACUUUGAAAAGAUUUUUCUAAACCAAGCUGCUUGUAUAAUGAUAGUUUUGGUCAAGCUUGUUUAUUGCUAGGAACUGCUUCUCAGGUGAGCAAUGUUGCACGUAGGCCUCUUGUUAUAGGGGGGAGGGGGUUAAAGCAAACUUUUAGACUUAGACUUAAAGAUCUUCUUAUUCCAUAUUGUACAUGUCUCAUUUAGUAGCAAUUUUUGUUUGAUUAUCAUCACAUAGAACUUUGAUGUUAAAAAAUUGGAAGUCCCACUAGAUUUUGUCAUUUGUACACAAACCUUAUGUAGUUAUCUUUGUUAUAUGUACAUUCCUUAUUUUUUCCUUAAAAGCUAUGUGUUUAUACAUGUAGUUUAUAGCUCACCUGAACUGAUAGCUCAAGUGAGCUCUUCUGAUCACCUGUUAUCCAUCAUCUGUCUCUCUGUCUGUUUGUAAACUUUUCAUACUUUCAACUUCUCCAGAACCACUGGGCCAAUUUGAAGCAAAUUUGGUACAAAUCAUCCAUAGGUGAAGGGGAUUCAUGUUUGUUCAAAUGGAAGGACCAUGCCCCUUUCAAAGGUGAGAUAAUCACAAAAAUGCAACAACAAAAAUAAGGUAGGGUCAUUUAAAAACCUUCUCAAGAACCACUGAGACAGAAAAGCUUAAAUUUACAUGAAGGCUUCUUGACAUAGUGAAGAUUCAAGUUUGUAAAAUCAUGACCCCUGGAGGUAGGGUGGUGCCACAAUAGGGGAUCAAAUUUUUUACAUGCGAAUAUAUAUGGAAAAUCUUUAAAAGUCUUCUUCUGAAGAACCACGCGGCCAUAAGAGUAGAGAUUUACCUGAAAGCUUCCUGGCAUAAAGUAGAUUCAAGUUUAUUUAGAUCAUGGUCCCCGGAGGUAGGAUGGGGCCACAAUAGGGGAUCAAAGUUUUACAUAGAAACAUAUAGGGGAAAUCUUUAAAUCUUCUUCUCAAGAACCACCAAGUCAGAAAAGUUUACAUUUGCAUGAAAGCUUCCUGACAUAGUGCAGAUUUAAGUUUGUUAAAACCAUGGUCCCAAGGGAUAGGAUGGGGCCACUAUAGGGGAUCAAAGUUUUACAUACAAAUAUAUAGGUGAAAAUCUGUAAAAUUCUUCUUUUCAAGAACCAUUAAUAGGCCAGAAAAGUUUACAUUUACAUGAAAACUUCCUGACAUAGUGCAGAUUCAAGUUUGUAAAAAUGGCCCAGGGCGGUAGGCUGGGGCCACAAUAAGGAUCAAAGUUUUACAUGCGAAUAUGUAGGGAAAAUCUUUGAAUAUGGGCCAAGGUGACUCAAGUGAACAAUGUGACCCAUGGGCCUCUUGUUUUCUGUUUUAAUGAUACAAAACUACUAUUCAUUACCAUAUUUCCAUUGCUCAGUUUUGUACAUGACAAUCACAUGACCAUCAGGAAGCAAGUUGCUGUUUGAUAUUAUUUAAAAGAUAUGUACGGUGUAUUGUAUAUAAACAGACAAUUAUGUAAUAUUUUUAAAAUAGUUUUUGGAUUUUCUGAUCUUAAAGCUCAUGGAGUUUCUUAUUGAAGUUUUGUCCAUUGUCAACAAACCUUUUUGCAUUUUCAACACCCUUCCAUAAACCAAUGAAUUAAUUUCAACCAAUAAAACAAUCUCAAGUAAAGGAAAUUCAAAUGUGUUCAUCAAAAGGACUACCUUUCUAAGGGAAGGUAAACAAAAAUUAGGGAAAUAGAGUUCAAUCUAAAGGUACAUACACUCCCAUAGAUAGAUGUUAGAUUUUAGUAAAGAUAUCAAUACUAUGGUAUUCUAUGAAUAAAAUGAAACCAAAAAAAAAAAAGCAUACAAAAAGCUCUGGUUGUACAGAUAUAAAUGAAAAUAGUUUUAAAAUACAGCCUGUAUUUUUAAACACUUUCUUUCUGAAACGAGGUGCUAGGAAGUGCUAACCGUGUGAUUAUUAGCGUGCUAGGAAGUGCUAACCGUGUGGUUAUUAGCGUGCUAUGUGCUAUUCUCUUGCAACUCUUGGAUCUCUAUAACUACCCUUUAGUGUUUCACACAUGGUCUAGCAUAAUGAAUUCAUUCUGGUAGGUCCUUAUUCUUGUAUCUACAGCUGAUGAACUCGACGUCAAAACUUACUGACGCCAUGUUUUCUUUCCGACCACAUGAAGGAGGCACUAGCAAUGCAUACAUUGUACAAAUAAGGCCAACCAAAGAUGUCCAAGAGUUAAAUUAAGGCAAGAGUGAACAUAAAAAUUCUGACCUAUUUCCUUUAAAUUUGGGAUGAAAUCAAAUAGUUUUCAUUGCAUAAGUUAUUGUAUACCUCUAUUAUAGAUACAUUAACCAUGUUAGUUUAGAAAAACAGUUUUUGAUUAUUAGUACAUAGUAAAAAGAGCAGGGGAUUUUUUUUUAGGUGUUGUGGCCCUUUGGCCUCUUGUACAACUAAAUACUUUUAUCUUAUCAUGUUUGUACUGAUGCAUUUAUAAUAACCAGUUGAUGUAAAAAAAAAAAAAAGAAAAAAAAAAAAAGAAGCAACUAUUGCCCACACCAUUUACAUAAAAUUCUCUAAGAUUGUUAUUUUGUUAUUAUCUUGUUUUGACACCAAGUAAAUGCAGGGCCGUAAAUUACAUGGAGGCGGAGGAGGCAGCUGCCUCCUCCAACUUUUGAGCCAAAAAAAAUUAAAAUUUAAAGUUCAUUAGAAUUUAUGUUGUUUCCAAUAACUAAGAACAUGAUACCUCCCUUAAAAAGCAUUCCAAAUCUUUCUUUUAGAAUGAGUUAGUCAAGUAACAUCUUAGAAGGCCCUAGAAUCAAGGAUUUUACACGAAACGUGUUCAGUGUGCUCAAAAUGGGCGGCCCCCAGACCCCCGCCUAAUUUCCUGCCUCCUCCAAAUUGAAGGUUAAUUUACGGCCCUGAAAUGGCAUCUUUGUGUAGUCAGAUUCUUGGAUGUGUUCUGUUUUGAAUACAGCUUGUAACUCUUACCACAUACAUGUAUAUUGUGAAGAUAGGGUUGAAAUGUCAUAGAUUUAUAUUUGCAAAUCAAAUUUGAUGCUAAAACUUUCAAAGAAUUAUUUUUAAGUUAAAAAGUAGUUUUGCAAAUGCAAUUUAACCCCAAAAUAAAAAGUUAUAUGCAGCAAAAUAGCCAGAUUUACAGUACUUCAUAAGUUAUUAUUCUUUAGUCUCAAAACAUCAAGAGUGUAAAGAGUAUAGUUGGUACCAAAAUUGAAAGAGGAAAAUAUAAAAUGUGGUAUAUUUUGAAAGUUGUUCAUUGUCUAAGCACAAGGGUUUAGGCUCCAGAGAAGUAUUUUGAGCAUAGUUCAAAUGUAUUAUUUAAAAAUCUUCUACUUUACUCCUGAGCAUCUAACUGAUUAGAUGUAAUAAUGUAGCUAUUUUUAACUUUCUGACCCCCCCCCCCCCCCCUGCAAAAAAAAAAAAUGCCAUAGUGUUAUUGAAUCUACUAAUACUAAUCACUUGAUGGCCCUGGGUGAGGGCUUCAGGGCGAAAAUGUAUGAAGUCCUUUAAAAAUCUUCUUUAAUCUUUUGUAUAUUUAACAGACAAAUUGGAUACACCAGUAAAGAUGACCGACAGUGAUGGAUCCAUGAUUAUUUUAAGGGGGGGGGGGUGGGGUAGUCUGGGGACUCAUGGGGUUUUAGGUUACUUUUAAGGGUUAUUCUUACUAUACUUUAUACUUAAUAAGAUAAAUAAGUAACAAAAUGUUAUCUUUAUGCACCUGUUUGUAUGUACAUGUAUAAUGUGAAAUGUUAUAGUUUUGCUGUUUUUCUACUUUUGUUUAUUUUUUGGUCUGCUAAAAUUGUGGAAUUCAUGCUCCCUUGUUUUUGGACUUGUGGUCCAAUCUGAGGCCAAAUGGAAUUCAUAUUCUGAAAAUGCAUGAAAUUGUGAGAAUAUUUUUUUCACAUUGUGCAAUGAAAAUGUGUAGAAAGAUUUUCAUGCAACAUCAUUUACAAGUUCUUUAACUGUAUAAUGAAUACAGCAGGGUGGGCCCUGUGAGUCACAUGGUGCAGAAAAAACACAAUUUGUAAGAGGCAGUUGUGUUCCAUAUUUUUGGAGAGUUCUUGAGGAGUAAAAUCAAACAAUGACCCCAGUUAGUAUCAUCACAACUAAUCACAAAAAAUCAUUACGGAUGAUUGACCUACCUGCUGUACUGCCAGCAAGUAUUGCAGUUGAUUUUUUUAUUUCUUGUUUUGUGCUCGCAUUACUGUUACAGCUCAUAAAUUUCCUGUUUUUAUGUGUACAUUGCAUGUAUAAAGUGAUGAAGAGGAGAGGGAAGUCUCCCCUGAUCAACGAAUCAUGUGUCUGUUGAGUGAUUUUUAAUGUUAUAUGGUGCAAUAGUGCAUUUGAAGGAUAGAUGAUAUAUAUUUCAUAUUGAAUAUCUAACAUGAAUGAUAAAUAUAUAUAUAUUGAUGUUGAUUACUUUGUUGUUGAUAUUAAAUGCAGCUGUGGUGUU